CAACUGUCCCAAUCGCUCCCAAAUAAAACACGCACCAGUUGAACGCAGACAUGAGCGUCUCUGUGACUCGCACCUUUCAGAAGAAAAAUGAGGGCAGUAGGGGAUUCAGACCACAGAGGACCUAUGAUUAUCUGUACGACCCUGUGUACACAUUGUCAGCUGAUGUGGAUCACGCCAGGGAAAACUUUCGUGCUCAUGCCUCGGUGGAUCGAGUGCGGAAGGUUCCAGAAUUUAACUCCAUGUUUAGUAAUCUGCCACAUCACCCUCGUUUCACCUUACGCCUCGAAGCCACCGAGCCUGUGCCUGUGUUCAUCGAUCGACGCUGGCGAGGCUUGGCCGAGCAGAAGAGACAGGCCCUGCAGCAGCUGACGGGGGUUGUGUCUCAAACACAUAGACCAAACGACACAGAUGUGACGGGAAUGGACCGCUGGAAGUUUUUCAAACGUCCUCUCAUUCCUUUUGCUCAACAGAUUCCUCCUGAUGUUGUAUUUGCUUUGCCAAAAUCUGACCUCCUUUCUGCUUCUGAUGGAGAUGAAAAACGGUCCCCUACUCCGUUCCAGCGGAGCGUGGGAGUUCAGACUGAUUAUCGGGAGAGUGAGACACAAACAGACCCCUUCACUCCAGACUAUGCGGUUCGUCCAGGGACAGCCCCCCCUGAGCUGCUCACACUGGCCACACUCACAUGGGGCCGUGGGCUGCCUGCAGGGCUGGCAGAAGUAGAGAUGAUUGAGAGGGCAAGACUGAAGAGAGCUUGGGAGGCAACUCUGCCCCCGCUGAAUGACCUCUCUCAGCUGGACAAGAGAAGAAGGAUGAUGGAGGAGAUGGAGAGGAAGGAGUGGGCAUUCAGAGAGAACGAGAUAGAGAAGCUGCAGGAGGCACGGCUGACCCUGCUGGUGCAGCUUCUGCGUCAGAGGGAGGAGAAGCAGGAGGAGGUCAAGAUGGAUCGACUGGAUGUGAGCUUUUCCCAGAACCAGCAAGAGAAGGAGGCGCACAUUAAGAAGAUACGCAAUGAAUACAUCAUUUCAUUGCGGAAGCUUCUGGCUAAACGGAGGAAUGUGGAGGGAAAGCUGCAGAGACGUGAUAUUAUAAAAGAUUACUCAGAUUAUGGGUUUCAGACAUACGCACCUCGGUCACGGAUUGGUCAGAUCCCGGACCGAAAUUCCGACCGCAACGUGGUCAAGAGUCACUUUCUCAGCACGUAUGAAGGGCUGUUAGAACUGGAGACAGGUCUUUCUCCUUCUGUCAUGGAGCCUCGAAUCAAAGUGCCAAGACCUAAAGUGACUAAAGGCUUCAUCUCACGCUCAGCCCGCAGAGAACUAGAGCUCAUGAAGACUCAUCAGGCUCUGAAGGAGGAAAAGGGCCGUGUGGUGGAAAAGAAGCCUUUGCGGUUCCUCUUUAAGAGGGAAAAACCUGCUCCACGACCUCCAACCCCUGCGGUGGAAGAUCCCCCACAGGGAGAUGAGGAAAAGGAACUGGCCGUUAUCUUUCUGCAGAAAGUGCUGAGAGGAAGAUCCACACAGAAUCAGAUGUUCGAGGGCAAAGAGAAACGGUUGGAACUGAUCCAGGAGCUGCGCACCACCCACGCACUGCAGAAGGAGGAACAGGACAAGAAGGAGGUGGAAAAACAGGUCAAACUCGCCCUGCAGAGACAGAGAGACAUCCAGUCUGAAAAAGUGUCUCAGAUUGAGUCCUCUAUAUCUGGGCUGUCUGGAGGAGUGAUAGUGGACAUGCUGGACUUUCUCUCUAAAGAGCUGCUCCGGCUGCAGGAGGAGAGGCGGAUCCAUGCCUUCACCCUAUUGGCUGAGAGAAACCGUCGUAUCCGUGAGGCUGAGGAGAGUGGAAGACGGCAGAUCGAGGAAAGGAGACGCAGAGAGGAGGAUGAGAUAUUUAAACAGGUGGUCAAGAUGCAUCAGGACACAGUAGACAUGUACCUGGAGGAUGUGAUCCUGGGCUCCAUUAACCAGACAGCUGAUGCUCAGGCCAGAGAGGAGAUUCACCGCACGGCUGAGGAGCUGAACAACAUCACCUAUGCCAUGGAGGAGACGAGGAACAGUCAGCAGUCUGAAGAGAUCGUGGCAGAACUCGUCUACAGAUUCCUCAUUCCUGAGGUCCAGAAGACUGCUGUCAGAGAAAGAGUUCGUCAGAGCCAGAGAAGGCAUCUGGAAGCAGCUCGUUCGAUCAUCAGUAGCAGCUCUGGAUCUUCUGCAAUCUCCCAGCUCCCAUCUCCCUCAGACAGAGCCUCUUCUGCAGUCCUGAAUGACAUACUCAGCCAAGUAGAGGACGCUGUUCCCAGAACUGUGACCCCAAGAGACCCUGGACCAGCACAAAACAAUCUGACCAGUGAUCCAACAUCAGCAGAUGCUCCCGACGGGAACGGAAAACAUGCAGAUUGAGCCCAUGAGCAGUAAAACAAAACAUUAAAUUCUUGACCUUUACAUAGUCAUAAUAACUCACUUGAUUUGUCCUACCGUACUCAUAGAGACAGAAAGAGUGAAUGAACUUUGAAAGAACAGUACAAAGUUAAUGGUUACGCAAUAAAACCAGUAAGUGCCACUUUUUAUCAUUAAUAAUGAUCAACAUCAAAGUCUGUAAUUAAUUGGAAAUGAAAGCACAGCUUAAAAGCAAAGGCUUUCAGACAUCUUCAUUUUCAUUUGUAAGAGAAAAACUCAAUAAAAGACCCUCAUCUGGAACAAUUUCCAGUAUAGGCUCUAA